AUAUGGCCAGAAAUGAUGGAUCGUGUCAGAAGAGUAAAGUAUACAAGCUCCCUUGUGUACCCCGAGUACAUCUCUGUAGGUCAACUCCCACGGAUCAGCUCGUGUUUAUGUUUAGUGACGACGGUUGUCAAAGGGACCAAGAAAAUGAAAUUCCCCGAUUCUCCGCCGACCUUGACCUUAGCUGAGCGCAUGCCAUCUGAAAUUUGUAAGAAACACAUACUAACCGGAUACCGCCGCCCACAUCAACCAUGGUCAUAUUACGUCAUCAGUGUUUUCCACGCCAACAACCAGACACUCAAUGUGUGGACGCAUGUCAUUGGCUUUCUAUUUAUAGCAUACAGGGCAUAUGACAUCUCAUUGACCUUUGACAUGCUACACGACCCAAUGUUUCGACCCUUAGGAGCAGGGUUGCUAUGCAUCUUGACGCUCCUGGCUGCUAGCUCAUUUGCUCACACUUUCGGGGACAAAUCGGAAGUUGCCCAUUACACGUGUUUUUGUAUGGACUUCGAUGCCAUAGGGAUCUAUUCUAUGGGUUGUGCUUUAUUAAGCCAUACCUAUUUUACAAGAGACACAGGUCUGGGCAAAUUUUCUAGUCAAAUGGUCGAGACCCGGAUGUAUUUAUUUGGCAAUGCAGUUUUCAGUGUUGCUUUCCUUUACAAAAAUUUACUUUGGAAGAGCUCACAAACUCUGCAAGAUAUUACAAGGAUAUGCCGUUUAUUCUGGCUACUUUUGGUUUACAUUGCCCUUAAUACAACGAUACUUCUGGCAGUCUCCUGGUUACCAUGACAACACGUUAGGGCGUCAUAUAUAUCACGUGAUAUCUUUCCAACUCAACAUAUUGGUAUAUUCUGCACACGUGCCAGAACGCUGGUUCCCAAAAAUGUUUGACGUUAUUGGCCAAUCCCAUCAGUUACAACACAUAAUCAUGGUGAUCUUUGUAAAUAAUUUAAUCAACGUGACGCUUGAAGAGUUGGAAUCCUCUUCUUCAAUCAAAUUUAUAAAGUGUAUGACCAGAAAGCUUGGAACAAUUGAAAAUACGUAUGGAGCGGUGAUGUUGGUGGUGUAUUUUAACUGUUUCGCUAUUGCUGUGGCGACACUGUUUGCAAUAGUCAAAGUAGGUCAGAAUUCGGAAUCGAAAGAAGUGCCAGACAUUUCUAAAGCCACACGGAGUGACCUCAAUGGCCAAGCACGGACCUCUAGUGAUGGUAUUUUGGACGAAGACACCAACAUACCUUAUUUUGACAGUCAUUCGAGUUCGAUAUUGGUUAAAACGUCACUUCAAACAUCAACCAACGAACUUACAGAACUUGCUUGUAAUGCAUGUCAUUCAUCUGAAGAUGAAUACCUUUUGGAUAAAUCACAAUAACUGGAAGACAAUUAAGCCAAACUCUACCGGUGCAUAUUACAAUUUAUUUGUGUACAUUUAUAAAUGUGUACAUUUUCUUCUUGCUGGUAUCAUCACCAGUUAUAGGAAGGUGAUAUGAGAUUUCAACGAUAUUGCCAGAUUUAGAGACAAUAAUUCAGUAUUACCUUUAUGUAUGACGUCACUUUAAGUGUGACGUCACAAUGAUUUGUGCUAAACACUGUACUUUUUUCUGGUUCUGGUUAUUCUGGGUUUUAUAUCCAAUAUAACUAUUCCAUACUUUUAUCCCGAUGAAUAAGUUUUAUGAACCCGUAAAAAAGAAAGUAACGCGAGACGAAUUAAUUUUUAUGUGACGUGUGCCUUUCAGACAUAUUUUACAUCUUGUGAAUGAUGGUCGAACUUGUUUGUUUUGUAUGUCCAUCCUCGAUUCUCCAGGGGAAGCGAUAACUUUUGCUCUCUGAACGGAGAGUAAGAUGGUCGUGAACCCUGGAGUACAGGGGACGAAUCUCGAUCUCCGGAUUAGAGAGAACGAUCAUCACCGGGGUACAGAGAGCGAAUGUGAUCCUAGCCCCGGGGUACAUAAAACGAAAGUGAUCCUUACCUCCGGAUUAGAGAAAGCGAUCCCAACCCAGGGUACACUGGUACAGAGAGAGAAAGUGAUCCUAAACCCGCGUUAGAGAGAGUAAAAGUGAUCCUUGCCCCCGGAUUAGAGAAAUCGAGAACGAAAGUAAUCAAAACCCCAGGGUACAGGAAGCGAACGUACAAUGUACGUGAUUUUAACACCAGAGGUACAGGGAGCAAACGUGCGUGAUUGUGACCCCGGGGCACAGAGAGCGAGUGUACGUGAUUGCAACCCCCGGGGCACAGAGAGCGAGAGUACGUAAUUGGAACCCCCGCGGUACAGGGAGCGAAUGUACGUGAUUGUUACCCCGGGGCACAGGGAGCGAGUGUACGUGAUUGUAGCCCCCGGGGUACUCGUAGCGAAAUUGAUCGUAACCCCCGGAUUAACAAGGAUGCUCGACAUAAUAGUAUUUAUGCUUUGUUAUUGAAUUUAACUUUCAAAUUUUAUAUUUAUGUUUAAACAUGUAUUUUGAAUUAAAUGAAAUAAGUACAUGUA